AUGCCACUAAGAAAGAGUCAUCCAAAAAUCUGUGAAGAAUUGGUUGACAGCAAACAGCGUGAGACCGAUUCGUUAAUACUUGAAAAAGUGAUUGAUAUAGCGGAGCAUGGGAAUGCUGUUUCUUCAAUAUUUAAAGAACCGAUUGAAAGAGAGAAGCGUGAAAAAGACGAAUCCCUAAUAAUACGGAAACUCUUAAAUUUUGAUAAUAAACAAAAAAGUGAACAUCAAAUGGAGAAGGAGAGUGAAAAGGAGCAACACAAAAGAAGCAAUUCUGUAGCUCAAAGGACAUCAUCUUUUUCUCUAGAAGAGAAGGCACUUGUUGAAAAAACGUUAAGAAAAAAUUACAAAGAUCGAAGGGAUUUUUGCUUCUAUUGCGAGAAGGAUGUAUCCCAUUUUGCUAGACAUAUUUCUAAAUGGCACUCAGAAGAAAUUGACGUAGUAAAAAUAUUAUGUCAUAAGGUUAAUUCAAAAGAGAGACGAUUGGCUGUAUCAAACUUAAGGAAAAAGGGAAAUUUUAUCAGAAAUCAGACGGACUCCGCAUUAAGAUCUGUUAAGAGGCCAAAACUUACCGAUAAGCAUACCAAAAUUUGUCCGUCUAAUUAUGAUGAGGAAAAUAAUAGAAGACAAACGUCCCAAAGCGACGGACAAACCACAUUGCUUCUACACCAGUUUCUUAAACAUGACGAUUUAUUAAAAUCAAAAAUUUUUUCCAGAAUGCGUGCAGACGACAUAAAUCUUAUUGCUAAAAAAGAUCCCUUAAUUUGCCAGUACGCAUAUUCGUACAUAAAAGGCCGUCAAAGUAAAGGCAAUAUUAAUUUGGUAAGACAAAAUAUGCGAAGACUCGCAAAACUCUUAGACUUUGCAAGACGACAGAAUCCUGAUAUUAAGAAACUUAUAGAUAUUCUUCGCCCAAAGCAUUUUCAACUAAUAAUUUCUGGAGUUAAUAAAAUAGCAAAAUAUAACCCAGAAACAGAUAAUUAUGAGUCACCAACUUUAGCCAUAAAUUUUGGGACACUUAUGAAAAAAUGUUGUGACUUAGCAUAUAUUAAUCUUGUUCAGAUUGAAAACACAAGCGAUGAGAGAAAAGAACUUAAAAUAUUAAAAACUCUUUUAGAAUCCCAAUGGUGUGAUGAAGUUUCUGCUCAAGCAUGUACCAAUUUAAAUCAAAAUAAAUGGAAUAAAGAAGAACUUUUGCCGCUUACUAACGACCUCAAGAAACUUAAUAUUUUUUUGCAAACAUCUGCAGAAGAAUUAUUUCACAAAUUGAAAUCAGAUGAGUAUGAUUUUAAGACCUAUAAUUCAUUAAAAGACACACUGUAUGCGCAAGUCAUUCUUCUUAACAGACGGCGACCAGCAGAGGUGGCUCAGCUAAAGGUCCAAACGUUUAAAUCUAUUAAUUUAGGGGGUGAAAAUGAUAACGAAUUUGAAAAAUGUUUAACUGAAGCUGAAAAAAUUUUAUUAAAAACUUACAGUCGUUUAGUUAUAAGAGGUAAGCGUGGAAGAGGUGUUCCUAUAUUGUUAUCACCAUCAAUGAAAAUGCAUUUUGAUUUAAUUUUGCACUGUAGAAAUAACUUUACAAUUGAAAGUGACUUUGUAUUUCACACCACUGGAAGAGGAUUUGUUGAUGGAACUAAAAUUAUUCAUAAAUAUGCCAAGAAAUGUCAGUUGGAGAGACCUGCGAGUAUAACAGCAACAAAACUUCGAAAGCAUUUGGCCACCAUUACUCAACUUCUUCAAUUUUCCAAUAAUGAUAUGGAGCAAUUAAGCAAAUUCAUGGGACACACAUUACAAACACAUUGCAAUUAUUAUCGUUUGUCUGACAAAGUAUAUCAAACGGCUAAGAUUUCUAAACUUUUACUGUUAAUGAUGGAAGGCGGAGCUGAAAAAUAUAAAGGCAAAACAUUAGACGAAAUUGACAUUAAUUUAGCUCCUCUCACUGACGCGGAAGAGGAAGAAAUGGAAAAUAUCUUAAAAACUAAUGAUAAUCUAAACGUAGAUUGCGGGAUUCCAUCUACUUCAGCUAACGUCGAUAAUAAUAAAGAAUCUCAUAAAAAAUUGGACAAUUUAAAAAAGAAAAUAUUUAUUGAUAGACGACGACCAUGGACAAAACAAGAAAAAAGCAUUAUCGCAGAAUACUUUUCCGACAACAUUAAAAAAAGAAAGCCUCCCAUUAAGGUAGAAGUGCAACACCUUAUUGAAGAAUAUCCCGAGGAGCUUAUCAAUGCAUCUACUACUGAUCAAGAAUCAAAACGUUUGAGUCCUAGUGUUGAUUCCUGUGCUACAGUGACUGUGGAUGGAAAGAGUAAUGUUGAUGACAAGCCUCAAACUUCUGGGGAUUUUGACAAGGAGCAGUCAACAUCAAAAGCAUCGACAUCCAACAAAACCAUUUGUCUCUUUUGUGACCAUAGCCAAAAAAGAUGUCGGAAGAAGCUGGUUAAUCUUCUUUUCCCUCAGAGUGACAAAGUACCACUGCAGAUAACAAAUAUGGCCAAAAAUUUUGGUGAUUCGGUGAUUCUUUCCAAACUUCAACAUCAAACUGUUGCAUACCAUCAGCCUUGUUACGCAGCGUAUCAGUCAAGAGAGAAGCGGUCCAUCGAAGAAUCUACCGAUUCCAGCUACAGUAAAUAUAGGCAGUUACAUCAGUUAGCCUUUGAUUCGUUAUCGAAUUUCAUUGAAAUUGAAAUAAUAGACAACAACAAGGUUAUGUACUUGGCUCAAUUAUUUUUAAGAUACCGAGCUUUACUGUUAGAGUUCGGAAAUCAAGAAAUUGAUUUCGAUGAUAUACAAGAUUAUCGAACUGAAACCUUGCAAAAAAAAUUAUUGAAUAAAUUUGGUGACCGUAUAACGAUUGAAGCGUCGAGUGGAUUACGUAACAAAAAAAUUGUAUACAAAACAGACAUCGAAAUUUCUGUUAUGGCAAAUAGUGUAAAGUUUUUGGAGGCAAAAAAUGAUUACAAAUUUGAAGAUGUUGGUUAUUAUUUGAGAAGCUGCAUUAAAAAUAUGGAUGUUCGUCGGCUUCCUCGCAACGUAACUGCUGAUGACAUCAUUCGAGGAGAAUGUGAUAUUCCUGAACAAUUAGUUGAUUUUAUGCAAAAUCUUAUCCAAGGGCCUAAUGUUUCUAAUGACAAUUCGGAAAAACUGAAAGUUAAAAUUACAUCAAUAUGUAGUGAUAUUAUUUAUACUGUCACUAGGGGUACAUGUAAGCCAGCGAAAAGUUUAACCCUUGGAUUGGCAGUAAAGUCUUUAACCAACUCUCGGCAAGUAAUCACGAUACUCAAUAGUGAUGAAACUGAUAAUUUAGAUGAUGGUGAAGCUACAACUUCAUCAGCGCCAACGGUAAAUGACAACGAAAAUGGAGAAGGGCCUUCCCGUAAGCGAAGGCGUUUCAAUGAAAUAUCACGGGAAAUUCGACCAUAUUAUUCUAAACCGAAGACAAGUAUGCAGCUGGUUACAGCAGAUUUGUUUACCAAUACAGUGGACUUAUGCAAAGGUGCUACAGAAAUAACAACAGAUAAGGAUUUAUUAUGGAUAAUGUCGUUAUCAAGAAUAGAUUCUGUUCCAAUGUGGUUGGGUUAUAACUGCAUGAUGUCAAUUGAUCACAGUGAAAAGCAAAAGAUUGAGUAUUUGCCUCCAAUAAAUUCUUCUCCAACAUCUUAUGCAAUAGUCAACGAAACAUUAAAUAUGGCUAAAGAAAUUGCUGAAAAGUGUCAACAGGCAGAAAUUAUUGUGACAUAUGAUUUAGCGAUAGCAAAAAUGGCAAUGCAGAUCCAAGAACAAGAAAAGCCACAAUACAAUAAUAUUUUUGUUAAUUUGGGAACGUUCCACACAGAGAUGGCAUUUUUCAAAGCGAUUGGAAAAUAUAUAGACUGCAGUGGACUAGUGGAAAUACUAGUACAAGCAGAAGUAUUAGCUGGUGGCUCCAUGAAUAGCUUUUUAGACAGAAAGCAUUUCAAUCGGUGCAAGCGCUUACACCCGCUAACUGCUGCUGCAUUGCAAAUAUUACAUUUUCAACAGACACAACUUCAGAGAGAAAAUGUACAUGAGGCCAAUGCAGAUGAUGCAAUUCAAGUGAUUGAGUUAUCUGCUGCAUGUUCAUCUAAUUCUGUAGGUACAUCAAAGGACGAAAGUAAUAUGGAAGAACUAGGUGUUAAUAUGGAAGUAGAGAAAUGUGACAAAGAAACACAAGCUGAUAUCUUCCAAUUAUUCCCAAACUUUACUAUUUUAGAUCAUUUAUUUACAAGUGAAAAAAAAUUCUUACUUGCAUGGGUGUUACAGUAA